UUACUGGUUCUCAACAGUCAUCGGAUGAUGUAUUGGUUCAAAAUACUAGUGAAACUGACGAUCAAUCUGCUCCAAAUUUUCUCAAAAGAAAACAUUGUGGUGAAUCUAUGCCGGACCUAGU